AUGUCUCCAAAAUGCCCAGACAGACUGCUACCAAAGACCCAAUGGAAGAAUCAGGACCAAUAUGUUGAUUAUGGGAAGAAGCUCAAUCUUAAUCAGAUUGGAGCAACUGUCCUAGCUACUGUUCCAGCUAUAGUUCCUGGGGCUUCAGCUUCCACAAGUGGAGCAUCAAGUGUUGCGGGAAGCGUUAACACACCUUUGCGACUUGCUGGUACUACAGGUAAUCAAAUGAUGCAAGUUCCUUCUGGAAUGCAGCUCAUGCAGAUUCCAACUCAAGGUGGCGGCACUGUUACAAGAUGUCCCAAAGUACUGCACUCAACACAGAAUCCUUGUAGAAGUCGAAUCAAGUUCUGUGAACAAGGGAUUUUCCAAGGGAAAAUUGUUGAACUUACUUUUGUGAUUGAAUCAUCAAUUCAAGCCAAAUAUUAA